AUGGCAGGAUUAGGACAGCGUUUUACUUCUGCUGACCACUCUGUUACUUGGAACACUCAAACUCAAUACACUAUGGGAAGGGCUAUGAUGCAUGAUUACAAUAAGCCUGUCACAACAUAUGGCAGUAAUUUUACGAAAAGGCCUCUCUUUGGUACUGGAAAUUCGGUAAAUACUGGAGCACCUAGUUUCAGUGAUAUUGCAACUCUUUCAACAAGUGGUUAUAGUUCCAGACCUGGUUCCUCUCAACGUAAUGGUGAACUUGUUAAUCCGAUGCCCAAUGCGUUUCCUGGAAGAACAUAUCCCACUGUAUUAGAUUCUAGUCUGGAAAAUGGUCCAUCAUACUUCAGUGCAUUAAAUUACAAUGGUAACCAAACAGGCCCCCCAAGAAAUUUUUCCGAACCCACCCUUUUCUCUUCUUUAUCCUCUGUCACCCGAACAUCUGGAAAUGAAUUAACGAACAGCCGAGUUGGACCUGGAAAUAUCACUCCGUCAGUUCCUAUGAACACAGCUAUGGCGAUGGCUCCUAAUCGUAACCCUGGAGGUCUUUAUUCGAAUUCAAUUGGCAGUGAAAAUAUUUCCUCUAAUUCCACAAACCUUUCUUUAUCCUCAUCUCGUGGUGUUACUUUAGAUCCUUCAGAAUUCCCCCCAAUUUUAACCUCUACUGGGCGGAGCGGCAAUUCUUCAACACCUUUCCACUCGUCGGCUAACCAGCCUUCAUUGCGGAAUUAUGUUUCCAUUAUGUCAAAGGGGUCAUCAACCAUAGACCAAAGCUUGAGUCAAAUGAAUCAACAAUUCAGUCAUUCCUCAAAUAGUCAGGCAGCUCCUUUAGAAUUUUCUAAACAGGAUUUUCCCGCUUUACCUGGUUCACAUCAGCCUACUACUAGUACGACAACAACAGUAUCGACGACGAGUGCCUUAACUGUCAAUUCAACAUCUACUGCUCAUCGUUCUUUGUCAUCUAGUUCUGUAACUCAAACUCCUGCCUCUACAAAUUCUCGACGGUUGUUUGGUCACACUAAUCAAAUUAUGGGAUCAUCAUCAGUCCCAAAUCAAUCAGGAUAUUCAAAUGUUCCGCCUAAGUCUAUCGGUCCUUCAAAUGGCAUACAGUUACUUCCUAAUCACUUAGUUACAAACAUUCCUAAAAAUAUGAUUUGUGAUCAAUUCGGAAUGUUGGGGCUGUUAAAACUCAUUCGGGUGGGUGAUUAUGAUGCAACACUUAACAUGCUGGCCCCUGGAUUAGAUUUAUCCUCAUUACAUAGUAAUUGGCAGACAUCUGGUGAACUUCACUCCUCUCUCGUUUCACCUUGUCAUGACUCCUGUUUCGGACGACCACAAGAUAUGGAUUAUCCUGUUCCUCCAGAAUAUUUAAUACGACACUUAGUGACAGAUCGUUUACCUGACCCACCAGUGAAUCAAUUAUCAGAGGAGACACUGUUUUGGUUAUUUUACAAUUGUUGUCGAGAGGAAACACAACUAGUUGUAGCUAAAGAACUCUAUCAACGAGAAUGGCGGUUCCAUAAAAAGGAGCAAAUAUGGCUUACUCGUAUUGUAGGAGCGAAUUUUACAUCAGAUAACAAUUCUGAGCAAGGGGAUUAUUAUUUUUGGGAUCCCCUCAAAGCACAAAAGUCAACGCACCAAAUGACCAUCCUGUAUUCUGAUCUUGACAAUGCACCGGCAGCAUUUCGUCUUAGUUCGAGCACAUUAGGUGCCAUUGUCAGUAUUGGUCUACCCGGUGGUUCUCAUGGUAACGUUCCACCACCUCCACCAUUACCAGCUCAACAACAGCAACAACAGUUAGUUGCAUACCAACACCAGUCACGUCAAACACAACAAAAUCAACACACAUUUCCGCAUACUCAUCAUCAAACACUAAUGAAUAACAAUAAUAGUAGCACAUCUGGGCAGAUACUUCCGUAUACUGCCAGUUCACUUACUACUGGAUCAUCGAUCAACUCAAACGCAGCGACACUAGCUAGUCUAUUUAAUACUCGACAACAGCAACCACUAAAACAACAACUGAACUCGAGUGCUAACUAUUUUCCAUCCUCUCAUAAUCGAACAACUGGUCCUUUGAGCUCUUUGUUCACAAAUCGAUCUGCCCCAGUAUCAGUUCCUAUGACGAACACAGUGAUCGCUUCAGCGGAGACCACGUCAACUGCAAACUCAAACUUUAAUCGCUUGCCUAGCGCAUCCAUGGUCAAUGAAGGUGAAAACAUCAAUCAAGGAGUUUUUGAUGGCUCACAAAUGUAG